AUGCAGCACUCACUAGCAAUCAUCACUCUCUUUUCCUUAGCAGGGCCAUGUUUUUCCUUACCUGUUCAGAAAUCCUAUAGCUCAUCUUUUGAUGCAAGAAGAAAUAGAAGAAGCUACCCAGCUCACCUUGAGGAAAACAAUAAAUCUGCCAUGGACAAGAUCAUUGAUGUAAAUGACUAUCAAGGUGUUUUUUCCGUGGAUGGCACUAGUCUCAGAGAGGGAGAUAUAGCUGUGUCCGGUCGGAGUCAGAGGAGCUGUUUUGCCAGAAGCUGUCUGUGGAGCAAGUCUGUGGAUGGACAUGUGUACAUUGCAUACACACUCUCUCCUGAGUACAGUGAUGUAGACAGGAUGGGCGUUAAGAGAGGGAUGGAGCUCAUUGAACGUGACACCUGUGUGCGCUUUGUGCCCAGAACACACCAAAGGGACUACCUGGAUAUCCAGCACAAAUCAGGGUGCUGGUCAUAUCUGGGGGCACGUGGUGGUAGACAAACCCUUUCUCUACAGACACCCGACUGUACUGGGUCAGGGGUCACCUCCCAUCAGCUAAUGCAUGCCCUGGGCUUUGUGCAUGAGCAAUCACGAGCCGACCGGGACAAGUAUGUCACAGUCAUGUGGUCAAAUAUAUGGAAAGACAGGGUGAGAAAUUUUGAAAAGUUCAAAACAAACAACUUGGACACCCCUUAUGACUACAGCUCUAUCAUGCACUUUGGAAGGUAUGCCUACACUGAAGAUGGUGGUCCGACCAUUGUACCAAAACGGACAUGGAACGUGAAGAUUGGUCAGAGAUUUGGGCCCAGUGACUUGGACAUAAUGAAGAUCAAUAAACUGUAUGAUUGUGAUGUGUAAUUAAAUCCACUGAUAACAACUAAUGAUCAAUCAUAAAGAUAUUUAAUUCAUUAGAUCCUUUUAAUAUUUAAAGUUUUUAUUUUAAUUUAACAUUGUAAUUUAUAUUGUAAUUGAAAAUAUAAGUAAUUAAGAAUAUUCUUUUGUAACCUGCUGUUUCAUUUCUUAUUUCUAUAUUUUUCUUAUUCUGACAUUUUGAUACUUUAUUGCCUUACAUAUACUAUACCUUGCAUUAAUAAAAUGUGUCCAUGAAUACAUUUCUCUCUCAUUUUUCAAGUCGAAAUUUGUUGUACAAUAGUCAUUAUAACAGAUGAAAAAAAUCUCUCAGUGAUUCUGCAGUCACAUUAGUCAAGUUGUUUACAAUCCAGUCAAGCGAAUGUUAUAAGUAAGCGUUGCCUUCAAAAUUAGCUGAUCUCAGACCCAAUAAAUAAGUAUCAACACUAAGAAUUACACACUGGAGUCGAAAGAAGCUGUUAUUGACUAUAAUACAAAAAUUGUACGUUCAAGAAAGUAUAGAGUUAACCUGUUAUAUUUAUUUGCACCGUGUGUUCAUAUGUUGUGAGCACAGCACAAAUAAUUAUUAAAUUGUUGUUUACAGAUUAGGAUGAAUUGAAGUGUGUGACUACACUACAUGUACAUGUUCUGCAUGCUCAGGACAAAUAACACAAGAAUCAGCAAACUGCCACUGCAAUGAUCAAUCUUUAAAAAUGCUGAAGUGUGAAUUCGGAACUAACUAUAAGAGAGGAAUGCUUUCUGACCUGCCAAGCCCUUCAUUAGUGAAAAACACUAAUAUCAAAUAAUGAUAUAGGAAGUCACACUAACCCUACAUCUUCAACCUGGAGUAAAGAUGGGUGGUACUCUGAGUGUAUAUAUUAUAGUAAGAGCCCUAACUUUGCUGUAGUUUACAUGCAAAACCUGGUUACAUCUAGAACAACAGAACUCCAAGAUGCUCUGUGUGGGUAUUUUUGUAGGAUUGGUGUUAGACUCCUGGUCUUUUCCUGUUCAGGUAAGAAUGAAUAAAUACUAGUGCAGUUAUGAUGCCUGAUUUCCUAUGGAUACCACUUAAAUUCAUCUUCUUACAUUAGAACUCCUCGUUGAUUCAUCAGACAAAGCUGAGGUCAAAAAGAGGAUAUUCAGGUAAAUAACUUGCAGUGUUUUGGUUUUUGAUGGUCUGCAGUCUAGUUUGUUGCAAAUGAGUUGAUGUAAAUAUACCAUUCCUAAUGUUCUCAACAGAGCAAUAUGUGGAUCCAGAGGAGAUGAAUGCAAUGGACAAGAUUCUCAGAGCAAAUGAAAGUAUGCGCAUGACAGACAUAAGCAUACAUAUACAGAGUAUUCAACCUUAAAUGAAAAUUCUGUCAUCGGGGUUUUUGUCCCAAAACCCUAUGAUUUUCUUUCUUCUGUGGAACCAACAAAAGAGAUGUUAGGCAGAAUGUUUGCCUCAGUCCCAUUUCACUUUCAUUGCAUCUUUUUUUUCAUUUAAUGAAAGUGAAUGGUGACUGAAACUGCCAGUCCCUUACAUUCUGCCAAACACCUCCUUUUAUGUAAUACGAAAGACAGAUUCAUAUGGGUUUAGAACAACAUAUGGUUGAGUAAAUGUUGACACAGUUGACAUUUUUGGGUGAACUACCCCUUG